AUGCUUGUUAAACAGGCCAAUGAAGAUUUAUUAGAUGUAACUCCUACUUGCAUUAUAACAGGCAAUUUAAUUAGAACUUAUUUUGGUGUUGAUAAUUUAUAUGAAGUACAUACUUCACUUAAUGAUACAAACAAGUUACGAUAUUGUGUAAACAAGAUUCAAAAAGAAAAACAUCCAUUCGGUCAAGACUUAUUAGGAGUUGUAUAUAAUUUUUCACGCAAUAUUGAUAACUUUCAAGAUUAUGUUCAACGAUUAACAACUAGUAUUGCAUAUCAAUGCAUGUUUAAUGCAUUAUUUGAUCUUGUCAAACAAUUUAAUAAUGAUUCAGCAAAGUUUAAUCAUAUUCAUGAAAAAGGAUGGACUUGUAUUAUCGGUGAUCUUAAUAUAGCACAGCUUACUGGCUUAGGUGAAGCUUUAGCUUUAAUUGAUAAUUCUUAUACUUGGGAAAAGCAUUUAAUUUAUAUUUUCAAAUCUUGUCAAGCUGAAGAAGUAGAAUUAAUAUUUGAUGAAUUAUUAACAUUAGAUAGUAAUCUUAUAGAUUGGGUUCGAUAUUAUAAACAACCUUAUAUAAUCGCAUCUCUUAAUCCAAAUAUUUCAAAGAUUUCAUAUGAUUCUUGGCAUAUAGCACCCAAUAAUAUGAAUUGUGCAGAAGCAGCACAUGCUAUAAGUAAUCGUGAAGGCAAACAACUCAAAGGUCAAAGGAUAGACAUGCACAAUUUUAAAAGAGUUGAUAUAAAAGCUCAUUACAAUGUUAAUUUAAGUGGCCAAGAUAAAAGUAAUAUUGCGAGAAAAAAAUUAGCAAUUAAACGAAGUAUAAUUGAUUUAACUGAUGAAUCUCAAAACAGUAAUGAACCCAAAGAAUCUAGUAUGACGAUGAUGGAAGAAUUAGAAUAUGAGGAACGCAUGUUGAUGAUUGCAGAACGUAAAAAAAAACUGAGAGAAUUACGAAUUUCUAAUGCUAUUAAAGAGCAUGAAUAUG